GCUACCAGUGGACGUUACAUUUCCCGGCGUCUGGCUAUUACAAAGCACGCGUUUUAUUAACCGCUGCUUACUAAUUUUUGAAAACUGUCAUAAAAAUGUCGUACAAAGGGCCGCAGAAAGUUCAAAAGGUGAUGGUACAGCCCAUCAACCUUAUAUUUCGAUACUUACAAAACCGUUCACGUGUGCAAGUUUGGUUGUUCGAGAACAUAAACCUAAGAAUCGAGGGUCACAUCGUCGGAUUCGACGAAUACAUGAAUUUGGUGUUGGACGACGCAGAGGAAUAUCAUAUGAAGACGAAAAACAGGAAACCGCUUGGACGAAUCAUGCUGAAGGGCGACAAUAUAACAUUAAUACAAAACACGAAUCCAGGAGCAAACUAAAACGACCAUAACCUCGGAGGAUGUUUUAGAACAAACGAAAGCGCAUUGUUUAUCUUCUACGAUCACGUGUCUGGAUGGGAAAACAUGCCGACAGAUGCGAUGUAAACAGCAUUAAAGAAGAAGGGAAUUAAAUACAAUCCAAACCAUUUCCAUGUGAAGUAUUCAAUUUAAACAAAUCAAAGACAAACUAAUAGAUGUCCCAUUCAAAGUGCUAUGUGCAUUGAUGGCAUUGUUCUUAAUUACAAAACACUACUCGUUCUUGUAAUGGAAAAGUGUACACAUGAAACAUCUAAAUGUAGAAGUCUGUAUUUAAUUAAUUGGAGACUAUGUGAUGUAUAUUGAAUAAAAACAAGCCAGUUUUGUACUACAGAGAAGUUUAGAUGUAAAUGUUACACGAUGGAACCAUUAAUGUAAUUGAUACGAAGUAAAUAAACAUUGAAUAUUUUUUAAUCAAA